GUUUCCAACCUCGGGCCAGGGUUAUCUAUAGUCCCACGAGGCGCACUAGUUACCCAACUUCUCGGGCUCCUGCAGUGUAACUUGGAUCAUAUUUACCGUGUUCACGGUGGUCUAGUAGAGUCGUAAACUUGCUGGGGUUGGGGGAUGGGGGUGCCCACGGGCUCAUUUCAUCUCCUUACCUGACUUGGGUUCUUCCCCGUCUUCUGCUGCCGCUCUCUUCCUACGCUUUGGCAUCCCGGUGACGAAAGCCCUUAGGCGCCUGGCGCACCGAAGCAGUGUUUACUGCGCUGCCUGCAGAUAAGAAACGGCGAAAUCAAACGCGAGGAGAGCCUCCUCCCUCGGGCGUUCGCACACCGUGGGGCCUCGUUCACCCAGUCUUCCCACCGCGCGCCCCGUGAGGCCCUGCAGCGAGCAAGCUGGCCGAACCCGCUACCUGGCCUCCCCGCGAAGCCCGGGAGCCCCUCACAGCACAAAGAAUGGAGCCUGCCCGUUCCCACGUGGGAGCCUGGCCCCGGGGCUGUUCGCGGUGGUGCCGGUUCCGACUAGUCCCACUCCCGGGAUCCCGCGUCGGCCACCAUGCCCGCCGUGCUGGGGUUCGAAGGCAGCGCCAACAAGAUCGGCGUGGGCGUGGUGCGCGACGGCACGGUGCUGGCGAACCCGCGGCGCACUUACGUCACAGCCCCGGGCACGGCUGUGGAAGCCGAUCUUACAGCUACAGAAAAACUUUCUUGGGGUGUACCAUUCAGUGAUCAUUGGAUAUUUGAAGCCAGCUGGGACGUCUUUUUUAAAGAGCUCAGAUUCCUUCCAGGUGACACAGCCAGGCACCAUCGAGCAGUUAUCCUAGACCUGCUGCAAGAGGCACUGACGGAGGCUGGGCUAACCUCCCAGGACAUCGACUGCAUCGCUUACACCAAAGGUCCUGGUAUGGGGGCCCCGCUGGCUUCUGUAGCUGUUGUUGCCCGCACUGUGGCCCAGCUGUGGAAUAAGCCCUUGCUGGGUGUGAACCACUGCAUAGGCCACAUUGAAAUGGGCCGCCUCGUCACUGGAGCCAUGAACCCAACUGUGUUGUAUGUCAGCGGAGGAAAUACUCAGGUGAUUUCCUACUCAGAACAUCGUUACCGUAUCUUUGGGGAAACUAUUGAUAUUGCUGUGGGAAACUGCCUGGAUCGUUUUGCUCGCGUGCUGAAGAUUUCCAAUGACCCAAGUCCAGGCUACAACAUCGAGCAGAUGGCAAAGCGGGGCAAUAAGCUAGUUGAGCUGCCAUACACUGUGAAGGGGAUGGAUGUCUCAUUCUCAGGGAUUCUGUCUUUCAUUGAGGAUGCUGCGCAGAGAAUGCUGGCCACAGGGGAAUGUACUCCUGAAGACCUGUGUUUCUCCUUACAGGAAACGGUGUUCGCAAUGCUAGUGGAGAUCACAGAGCGAGCCAUGGCACACUGUGGCUCCAACGAGGCCCUCAUCGUAGGAGGAGUUGGAUGUAACACAAGGCUGCAGGAGAUGAUGGCAGCCAUGUGCCAGGAGCGGGGAGCCCGGCUCUUUGCAACAGAUGAAAGAUUCUGCAUUGACAAUGGAGCCAUGAUAGCCCAAGCAGGUUGGGAGAUGUUUCAGGCUGGACAUAGGACCCCUCUCACAGAGUCUGGAAUCACACAGAGGUAUAGGACGGAUGAAGUAGAAGUGACGUGGAGGGACUGACGGCAUCAGCUUGCCAAGCGGUGCUGAUGCGGGAGUGAUCUUGGUGAUGCUAUGGACUCUGCUCCUCUCUGGCAACUGUAUGGAUUCCACACGAGACUUAGGGUCCCUAUGGAACCCCAAGAUGACUCCACAAUAAAAAAAAUCCUUUUUGUAUGUUGAUAACUGGACUGAUACAGAGUUAGCGCUGGGUAAAUUCUUACUGGUGAGGGCAGUGGACAAGUGGGUGAGGGUCAGAGUAGCUCUUGGUUGAUGGUGCAGAUGGUUCUGAUGGGUGCCUCCUACCGUCCCGUUAACUCAGCUUGGUUGAUGGUGCAGAUGGUUCUGACGGGUGCCUCCUACCGUCCCGUUAACUAAGCUUGGUUGAUGGUGCAGAUGGUUCUGAUGGGUGCCUCCUACCGUCCCGUUAACUCAGCAUCCUAACUAAGAGUAUUUUAGUGCUGUGCUCUGUGCUGACCAUUCUGUGCUUAGGGAAUUGGCACAUUCACUGAAGGAGACAUUCAGGAUGCCACUUAAAAAAGUCACAACUUGCCGGGUGGUGGUGGCACACGCCUUUAAUCCCAGCACUCGGGAGGCAGAGGCGGGCGGAUCUCUGUGAGUUCAAGGCCAGCCUGGUCUAUAAGAGCUAGUUCCAAAGCUACAGAGAAACAGUCUCAAAAUCCAGGGAAAAAAAAAAAAGUUACAACUUUACUAAAACUCCUGUCCUUCAUAACCUUUAUUGAUGUCCUCCUACAAACAUUUCACUGUCCAGUUUGGGGAGCACCCCAGAUAUACAACACCUCAGCACCAGUGCAAGCAUCAGAACUACAGAUUCAUGCCCAUUAUCUUGUAUAUAUUGCCACUAGAGGCCCUGAACUAACAUGCUUCCCUCUACCCACUGGCAGCCACAUCUUUCCAUCUUGUUUGUUUGUUUGUCCCACUUCCAAACUCCUGAAACUUCCCAGCCAUUUGUGAAGUCUAUAUAUCCUUACCCUCUCCUCCAAAUGCUUCCUUCACAAUGUUGCUAUGGGACCUGGUUUCUUAGAAAGACUGCUUCUGAUAACACCUGGUGUGAAUCGUUCGUAUCUGUUGUACCGCUGGGCCUGGAGUUAGUGCACGCAUCCUCUUUCCUCUUCUUUCUUUCCCUGCCCUCUCUCUUUGAGACAGGGUCUAUGUAGCCCUGGUUGGCUUGGAGUUUGCUAUGUAGACUAGACUGGGCUCAAACUCACAGAGAUCCACCUGCCUCUGUCUCUGCCUCCUGAGUGCUGAGAGUGAAGGUGUACACGACCAUGCCCUGCCUCUGGCAACACACUGUUACAUAUCUCGGUCUCGUCCCAUUCUGAUGCCAUAAUUGGGCUAUUCGGUUAUUAUUGUGCUGACUCCUCCUUUUACCAGGACCUGCAACCCUGUGAUCUUACUUCCUUUCUGUAUUGUUUCCCUUCCUCAGUUAAAUUACAGUAACAAACACCUUGUUGCAGAUGCUUCAUCUUCCUUUGCCAUUAAAAAAUAACAAAACAAGACAAGAUCUCCUCAAGCUCAGACUGGCCUUGAGCAAAAUAAAGAGGAUGAGCUGAUCUGCCUCACCUCAAGCGUGGAUUACAGCCGCACCUCACCACACCUAAUCUACACGGUGUGGAUUACAGCCUCACCUCACCACACCUAAUCUACACAGCGGGGGAUUACAGCCUCACCUCACCACACCUAAUCUACACGGUGUGGAUUACAGCCUCACCUCACCUAAUCUACACGGUGUGGAUUACAGCCUCACCUCACCUAAUCUACACGGUGUGGAUUACAGCUGCACCUCACCACACCUAAUCUACACAGUGCUAGGGACUGACCCCAGUGGUCUGCCUGCUGAGCUGCAUCUCCAGCCCCCGUCAUCACCUACUGUACAUGUCCAUCUGUGCAGCUGAAAGGGCAAGCAGAUGGCUGUGCUGGCUGCUCUGACCGGCUGAUCACAGUGACAGUGAGGGCACUCGGUGUCCUUCCUGCCACUCAGCCACGUUAUCUUCCGAACCCUCUCACUUGCUUCCAUAGUUUU